CGCGAGUAGCGCGGAGCAGUGUCGGGGACUCGUGGCAGCAGAGGGGUCAGUUGGAGGAACGGAACGGUACGCGAACCGUUUUCUGGGAUCGGCGGGCACGCAGGAGAAGCACGCACACGUACACGCUGCGGACGGCAGGAUGACCGACAUGGAGGCCUACGGGGACGGGUACAUGGAGCCCGAAGAGGAAUGGGAGCGCGAGGGCCUCCUGGACCCUGCCUGGGAGAAGCAGCAGAAGAAGACCUUCACGGCAUGGUGCAACUCCCAUCUACGCAAAGCGGGGACCGCGAUCGCGUCGAUCGAGGACGACUUCAGGAACGGGCUGAAGCUCAUGCUCCUGCUGGAGGUAAUCUCGGGGGAAACGUUACCGAGGCCGGACCGCGGAAAGAUGCGCUUCCACAAGAUCGCCAACGUGAACAAAGCCUUGGACUACAUUGCCAGCAAAGGCGUCAAGCUGGUCUCCAUCGGUGCCGAAGAGAUUGUCGACGGGAACUUGAAGAUGACGCUGGGCAUGAUCUGGACGAUAAUCCUCCGCUUCGCGAUCCAGGACAUCUCCGUGGAGGAGAUGACCGCGAAGGAGGGCCUGCUGCUCUGGUGCCAACGUAAAACGGCGCCGUACAAGAACGUCAACGUCCAGAACUUCCACUUAUCGUUCAAGGACGGCCUCGCCUUCUGCGCCUUGAUCCAUCGUCACCGACCCGACCUCAUCGACUACAACAAACUCAGCAAGGACAAUCCCUUGGAGAAUCUCAACACCGCCUUUGACGUCGCCGAGAAAUAUCUCGACAUUCCUCGCAUGUUGGACCCCGACGAUUUGAUCAACACUCCCAAGCCGGACGAACGGGCGAUCAUGACCUACGUGUCCUGCUACUACCACGCGUUCCAGGGUGCCCAGCAGGUCAGCGCAAUGAACUUGCACAUGCGAAACACCGCAAUGCCUGACGAGAGAGCCGUGAUGACCUACGUGUCCUCGUACUACCAUUGUUUCAGUGGCGCCCAAAAGGCCGAGACGGCGGCCAAUCGAAUCUGCAAGGUCCUGAAGGUGAAUCAGGAAAACGAGAGGCUCAUGGAGGAGUACGAACGAUUGGCAUCCGACCUCUUGGAGUGGAUUCGACGAACCAUGCCUUGGCUAGCUAGUCGCCAGACCGACAACUCCUUAGCAGGAUGUCAGAAGAAACUCGAGGAGUACAGGACGUACAGGCGUAAACACAAGCCGCCUCGCGUCGAGCAGAAGGCCAAACUAGAAACGAACUUCAACACCCUGCAAACCAAACUCAGGUUGAGCAACCGACCGGCUUACAUGCCGACGGAGGGGAAAAUGGUAUCCGACGUCAAUAAGGCAUGGAAAGGCCUAGAACUCGCCGAGAAGGCGUUCGAAGAAUGGCUGCUUUCCGAGAUGAUGCGGCUGGAGCGGUUGGAGCACUUGGCACAGAAGUUCAAGCACAAGGCCGAUGCACACGAGGACUGGACUGCCGGUAAAGAAGAGAUGCUGACUUCCCAGCACUUCCGCCAGUGUAAGCUCAACGAGCUCAAGGCCUUGAAAAAGAAACACGAGGCCUUCGAAUCCGAUUUGGCCGCUCAUCAGGACCGUGUAGAACAGAUCGCCGCUAUCGCUCAAGAACUCAACACCUUGGAAUACCACGACAGCGCUUCGGUGAACGCGAGGUGCCAACGAAUCUGCGACCAAUGGGAUCGUUUGGGCACCCUGACGCAGCGCAGACGUCAAGCACUCGACGAGGCCGAGCGCAUCUUGGAGAAGAUCGACGUUCUUCACUUGGAGUUCGCUAAACGAGCCGCGCCUUUCAACAAUUGGCUGGACGGCACUAGGGAAGACCUCGUGGACAUGUUCAUAGUUCACACCAUGGAGGAGAUUCAAGGCCUGAUGGAUGCUCAUGCAGCGUUCAAGGCCACUCUCGGAGAGGCCGAUAAGGAGUACAACACAAUUGUAGGUCUCGUACGCGAGGUCGAGUCCAUAGUCAAGCAAUUCCAGAUCCCUGGCGGAUUGGAGAAUCCUUACACUACCCUGACCGCAUUGGACCUCACUAAAAAGUGGAGCGACGUUAGACAGCUGGUACCCCAACGCGAUGGAACUUUGGCAGCGGAACUUCGUAAACAACAGAACAACGAGUUACUGCGCAGGCAAUUCGCAGAGAAGGCUAAUGCAGUUGGGCCCUGGAUAGAACGCCAGUUGGACGCUGUUACUGCGAUUGGCCUUGGACUGCAGGGCACGCUGGAAGACCAACUUCACCGGUUGAAGGAAUACGAGCAGGCGGUUUAUCAAUACAAAGCUCACCUCGAGGAGCUGGAGAAGAUUCACCAGGCCGUCCAGGAGGGCAUGAUCUUCGAAAAUAGGUAUACCCAAUAUACCAUGGAGACCUUGCGCGUUGGAUGGGAGCAACUCUUGACCUCGAUCAACCGCAACAUCAAUGAGGUUGAGAAUCAGAUACUGACGAGGGAUUCUAAGGGUAUCACGCAGGAGCAGCUGAACGAGUUCCGCAGCAGUUUCAAUCACUUCGAUAAGAACAGAACGGGCAGGCUGGCUCCGGACGAGUUCAAGUCGUGCCUGGUGUCUCUGGGAUACUCGAUCGGUAAAGACCGACAAGGGGACAUCGAUUUUCAGAGAAUUCUUGCCAUUGUCGACCCGAACGGUUCCGGUUACGUGCAUUUCGACGCUUUCCUCGAUUUCAUGACCCGAGAAUCCACCGACACCGACACCGCAGAGCAGGUCAUCGAUAGCUUCCGCAUCCUCGCCGGGGACAAGCCCUAUAUUCUGCCGGACGAGUUGAGGAGGGAAUUACCUCCGGAUCAGGCCGAAUACUGCAUCCAGCGGAUGCCACCGUUCAAGGGACCCAAUGGCGUUCCAGGGGCUCUAGACUACCGCUCCUUCUCGACGGCUCUCUAUGGCGAGUCGGAUCUGUAAAUCUACUGCACGAGUCAGUACGCUCCGAGAGACACCCAGAAUGCUUCCCGUAAUGAGGGGACCAACGACUCCCACCCGAAUACCGUGGAUUUUAUUUUCCGUCCUUCAGGGGAAGGACGAGGAAAUUGACGGAUCCACAGUGGUACCCUGGCUUGAAUUCUUAUGCCGAGUACAGAAAGAAAUCUCUUUGCGGAAGCCGGCUAAAUUGUACAGGCGAGAGAAAUCAUUUCCAUUGAUACUUAACGCGGGAACGUAACCACGGCUCUACAUCGUACUCCUCAGUCUGGGAUUUAUCAUAUCCGAGUCUAGUAAAUUGCAUGUCUCCAUCGCAAUAAUAAAUACCCAAAUUCGAUCUCGAGCGUCUCGAUUUACACUUAAAUUCGGAUUUACCGAGUUUCGUUAGAGAUUUGGCAAAUUUAGCGGCGGGAAGUCGGGAUAGGGUCGCCAUAUUUUCUUAUAAUCAAUUUAACGCGGCUUAAGGGAAACUCUUUCUCGCGAGAACUUAUUAAAUCCACCUGCGACGUGUAUUUUGUAAAUCGUAUCGUGCGGAUGACGGUAACGCUAUAUGACGGUACACCGAUGGAAUUAUUUAUUUAUUUGUCUAUUUAUUGCAAUCAUGUAUCGAUAUAAUUAAUUAUUGCAAGGAGCAGAAAGCUCCUUUCCAUCCCCAUUUUUCUUUUUUCUCUCUUUGUCGAUUUCUCUGUCCUUGCCUCUUUAUCGUCAAAGUAUUUAUUUUUAUAAGCAUUCUCAAAGCGAUCGGGCCACAGAGUUAAACCCAUAGAGUAGGGACUGUCUGCGAUGCAAAGUCUCGGAAAAGAAGCUAACAGUCGAUGCAAUGUACAGGUAAAAUAUCCGUGCAUGACUAGGUAUUAAUUAUGUUCCACGUCCGUUGUACGUCCCGGUCACAUCGGUCGUUUACCGAUUCGUCGUACCUUACAACCAGCGUUAGAAAAGAUGCGAUCGCGUGUAAGAUGCAAGUACUUACCGAGAGAUUAUAUUCUAUGUUUUGUUUGGUUUUUGAAGCUUUGCUUAAUCAUCUCAACUAUCUUCGAGGUGUCCCUUAAUUCAUACUCGCACACACAAUUCACCCUCAGAUCUCGCUUAUGAUCGAGUUUUUUCAAGAUAAAUUCAACGAAGGCUUCAUUACGCCUUUGACUAAAAUUCGUUAAGAGGGAUAAUAAUUAGUCGAACAAACUGAUUUGUACCCAAGUCUGUAUAAAAUGAAGCAAACAGUAUUUUUAUCAUAACGGUUAAAUUUCUAGGUCACAGUGGAACUUUGUUAACAUUCUGUAAUCAAUUUGUGCAAAAUUAUCGGAUUAAAGAUAAUUCAUGGAAGAAAUUUUAAAGAGAGAACAAAUGAUAUCUGUAACGGGAAAGUGAUAUAUAAGGUUGUCUUGGAAGGAGAAUCACUACGCGAAUAGUCAAGUUGUCAUUCAACAUAGUACCCUAUGUUUGUGUAUUACAUUCAUCGAUCUAUCGACAAACCUUUAAAGCGGUUACGUAUAGUUGUGUCACGAUAUAAAAACAGUGACACAUCGGAAAGUAAGAAUACAUGCUUCGUGUCAGUGAAUGGAAGUUACGUUAAGAAUAUCCCGGACAUACUUUUCAUUGGAAGAAAUCGGUUCGACCCAUGAAACAUUUCUACGUGCAUAAAGAUACAUAUCUUUCAUGUAAAGCAUAAAUCGUAGUUAUCAAUUUAGACAUUAGAAGAAAGGAAAAAUGGUCUGUAAGUAAAAAUGUCUAUAUUCAGAGUACGUUGGUGUUACAUGGCAUCCGGUCUAUUUUUUGAUCAUGUAUAGGGGCUACGCAUGGAAGCGAACGAAUUACUGAAAUGUCACUUUUAGGGUUUCAUGGUAUAUGAUGUAAUUAAAAUUACUGUAAUUACUUGUAAUCACUCGAAUUUCCAGUCAAUCGCAUUAUACCUUUGUUCUAUUUGCUUUUCGCCUGUUUCGUCUUACUCUACUAUACUUUGCAUAAAGAAGUGAGUCAUAACUAUUGUGCGAGAAGAAAAAAAACGGGAACAUAAUAAAAUGCCUUGUAAAAAAUA